AUGCAAGGUGAACGACAAUCGAUUAAACAAGCUCAAUUCCAAAUUAGUUAUAUGAUUCAUCCAAUGCUCGAAGCCAUGCGAAAUAAUCUUCGGAAUUCUAUUAUGUAUGAAAAAGAUGCAUUGAGCGAACAGAUUACACUGAAUCCAGUUAUUCUUGAUCGUCCAGGCGCUGCUUGUUAUACAUGCAAACCGGAUAUUCUUCAAUUAGGUAAAUUUUGGAUUGCAAGACGUUCGGCUCAUGAAAUGCGAAAGAUAUGUUUAUCUUGUUCAUGUGCUAUCAAUCAGCACACUAGAAUCGAUUACGAACUCGACUAUACACAUUCGGGAAAACGUUCGAAGUAUGGUAAAGAUGAAACAGAGAAAAGCAUAAAUUUACUGCUUGAAGGAAGUGCUAAGUUUGCUUAUUUUCUUAAGAAUAUAUCUUGUUCAUCGAAAGAUGAUCCGUUUUGGAUUGGUAUAACACAAAUGAUUAGUGAAGAAAAUGAUCUCUGUAGAAAUCAAAAAUCGCAUGAAAUGAACACAAUAUUAGCCAAAAGGCUCACAGAACUCAUGCUGAAAUUUGAAGAACGUUUAGAUUAUUUCGAGUCGAAUCAAGACUUUGACAAGCUGCACAAAAUUUAUGAAUUGAUUCAGAAAAUUCAUCAAGAUCCUACGGUUCGAAUGCAAAUCAACGCUACAAAACUAACUCGAGAGAUCAUAAUGAAACAAUAUGAAUGUGAGUUUUCAAAUGAUUCGAAAAACACAAGACUUUCUUGAACUAAUCAAAGCAAAAAUGUUUAAUAAAUAAAUUGAUGAUAAAAUAUCUUAAAUCAUUUUUUUUUAUUAGCUUUCAAAGUUUCUUGAAAGGUAAUAUUACAAUGCACUUUAUGCAUGUCGAAAAGUAAAUAUGUCGAAUCCUAUCUUUUUAUAGUGGUUCUGAGGUUUGAAAUUACUAGCAACCUGAUGACUGAAACGAAGGUAACAUCAUUGUCUAAUUGAUCAGGUAUAGUGCUCAUGUAAUUAUCAUUAUUGGAUGGUCACGUCACCCAUUCAAUUUUUAGUCGAAAGUUAAGUUUUUGUUAAACAAAAGUGAACAAAGACGGAUGUGUGGUAUAGAUACAUUCUGAAAAAAUAUUCAGUAGUAGCAUUUUUGAUACAUAUUUAUUACGUCAAUUUCUAAAGAUACAGCUAAUAGUACAAAUCGUAGUGUGAAUGUGGAUGUGAAUCAAAAGAAGACCAACAGUCCACCACCAUACAGUAGUGUCCUGCACAGAUCCAAUUUUUUGCAUCAGGAUCCGGAUAGCUGUGCCCAGUAACCGACCUAACCUCAUAAGGUGCUAGUCAAAAUUUGCAAAAUACUUUCAGAGUCAUAGUACAAAUUUGAAACUGUUACUUCGUACGAAAAAGGACACUGUUUAGUUUCUUACGUAAACAGAAAUAGGGCUGUUACUGGAUCUUUAGCUUUAUAAUAUGAAACAAAGAAAUUCUUUAUUUUUGAAAAAUAAAUAUAAUUUAAAAAAAAAGAUCAAUAAAAUCUUUAUGUUUAUAAAAUAAAGAUAAAUGAAUUCUUUAUUUUCAAAUAUAAGAAUCAAGUAAAAAAUAAACAUUUUUUUGCUGUGAUAGAUAAAUAGAAAAAUGCAUAGUAACACAACAGCAUAUGUAAUUUAAUGUUCUUUCCUAACACCAACAUUUCUUCGACAGGUAAUAUUAUCAAAAAAUCAAGGUGAUAAAGGAAAAAAAUAUGCAAAACACUCUUUUAUAUAUUUUAUUUUUCUCUAUGGUAUCAUAACUUUUUUUGAUUUUAUUUUUGUUGUAUAAAAAUAAAUGAGAAAAAUCUUUAUCUUGCUCAUUUUAAUUAUAAAGAUUUCAUUUAUCUUUAUUUUUUUUAUAAAGAUAAUGAUUUAAUUUACAUCUACUCCCUAUUAUACAGAACAAUAAAUACGAAGUAACACCCCUGAACAGAGACAAAAGAAAAAGAUGAUCUCAAAUUCCAUCUCAAGGAAAGUCAAUCAAGUGCUUCAGGAUUUGCUUGACGUUUCUCUGCUUCUGAAGUCCAAUAAAUUUCACUAAGGGUGGACUGCAGCUGUGGGUGUGUGUGUGAAGAUAAGAGACCUCUCUUCACCUGUGCCUACACCCACACCCAUCCACACCCUGUAAGCACAAACUAUCUUAAUUUUUAUCAGUUCGUUGGUGAUGAACUGUCAUGACUAUGUAGUUAGAUAAGCCUACUUUGUGUAGAAUCUUUUGUUUCAAAUAAAAGAUGAUCUUUAAAUAUGAAUUGAUAGAUCAAUUAUAAAAAGCUUGUCAGCGCAGCUCCUUUGGAGCUGAAAUGUGGAACUCACGUAUAUCCUUUCAAUUUGUUAUUCUACUGCAUUAUUUGUAAACUAAAACAUACUAUUUUUUCAAAUAAUUAUGAAUGCAUUAGAAUACUGUAUAGAAUCUGAAGCCUU